AUGUCGCCAUCUCGGAUUGGAGAUGUCGCCGUCAUUCGAUGCCAAAGAACAUGUGUUGGAAAAGUUCCCAGUGCUGGGCACGGAGGUGUCCGUGUAGCCGGACACCCGUACGAUGGUCUUCCAGCGGCCCACUGUGUUGAAGAACUUCUUUUUGAACAGGUCCAACCCUCAAGGACUCAAAUCCUCCCUGGCGGGGUUAAUUUCCUUCAACUUCUGCUGCUGCUCCUCCUGUGGUACCAGCUGGUGCCCCGCCGCAUCAACCGCCGCGUCAACGUGUCGCCAGGGGGACCACGACGCGAAAGCUCCGCUGGGAUCGGCGCCAUGAUGGUUUUAGAGUUAGGUCGUUUGACCGCGCACGCGCGUGCCUCGCAAUUUCAGCAGGCAGAUGGCUGGGUGAAGGACACGGUGCAGUUCUUCUUCAACGGCUGCAAGACGGAGGCGCAGAAGGGCCUGGACAGCUUCACCUUGCGCUCGCUUCCGAUCCCUGAGAUUGGGCCCUGCAUCAGUGUGGAUCAGAUCGCGGACACCUUAAAGGCCAAACUGGACACUAUGGGUUUUGCCAGUUGUGAGGUCAAGCACUACUACGACUUCCAACAACAUGCAGUUCUGUGCACCUUGCAUGCUAGCUGGCAUGUAGUGGACACCCCAGCGCCGCCGCCGAGCACUGGGGGAUGCUCCAACACCUGUCCCAUCUGCCAGGAGAUACGACCGGUGGUGGUGCUUGUACCUUGUGGUCACACGCUUUGCAGCACCUGCCAAGGGAACUUGCAGUCGUGUCCGUUCUGCCGUUCCCCGAUCACGACGAGCACCAACGGCCUCUUCAUGGAUUGA